CAUUCAUUGAAAAGUUAUCGUACAGUUCGGACGUCACUUUGUCUGAGAAAGAAAAAUUUGCUGUAAUUGUUGAAGUUGUGAAAAAAGAAUUUUGUGCUUAAAAAAUGGCCCGUACCAAGCAAACUGCGCGUAAAUCGACUGGAGGAAAAGCGCCUCGCAAGCAAUUGGCCACCAAGGCAGCCCGUAAAUCGGCACCAUCCACUGGCGGUGUGAAGAAACCCCAUCGCUAUCGCCCUGGUACCGUGGCACUGAGAGAAAUUCGUCGCUACCAAAAGUCCACUGAAUUGCUCAUCCGUAAGCUGCCUUUCCAGCGCUUGGUGCGUGAAAUUGCCCAGGAUUUCAAGACCGAUUUGCGUUUCCAGUCGGCCGCUAUCGGAGCAUUGCAGGAAGCAUCCGAGGCCUAUUUGGUAGGUCUAUUCGAAGAUACAAAUUUGUGCGCUAUCCAUGCCAAGCGUGUUACCAUCAUGCCCAAGGAUAUCCAGCUGGCCAGACGUAUCCGUGGUGAACGCGCCUAAACGACGUGUCCGCCAUCUUUAAUUAGAAAAGCAGCAACAGACGGCCGAACAACAUCGAGAAAAGCAGCGACGUCGGCGUCGUUAAUCGCAGCUGCUGCGGCCGCUUAGCCUUAAGUUUCAUAAGAUUUAUCGUACUUUAUAUACUUAAAAUAUAAGUAAAGGAAGAAGAAAAAAUACAUAUACAUACAUAUGCGAA